AAAAUGCAACUACCAGUUGCUCCUUCCAGCAACAAUCAGUUUCACAUGUACCCAGAUUCUGGAGAACCAGAGCUAUGGAGAUUUGGAAAUUUCAGUGAGGAAAGCAUAUCCUCUUGGCCUUCAACUGCUUCCAGGUUUAAUAUUGAACAUGAAGAAAAUUACAAGAGCUUAAAAACUGAAGAACCGUAUCCAUCUUUCAAAGAGCACUCGACAGACCAGCAAAGGAAUUCUGAACCAAGGUCAAGCAUGGGAGAUGAUCAACCUUCCCACUACAGUCACCAAUGUGUGGGAAACCUAACCUUCCAAUCAGAAAAUACAUCAGCCACAGAGCCUGUAAAGCAUACUGAACCACUUCUGCGAAAUAAGUGUGGUAGCGAGCAGCAUGUCCAAAAUGUACAAAAAAUCCAAAAGGCAGAAAAGGAAAGUAAAACUCCAAAAGGAAAAAAAGGAAAGGCUGAUGAGGGCGAGAAAAAUAAUGCAGUUGACUGGGACAUUUUGAGAAAGCAGGCACAAGCCAAUGGUAGGAAAACAGAAAGAAAUAGAGAUACAAUGGACUCUCUGGACUAUGAAGCACUCAUAAAUGCUAAUGUCAAAGAAAUAUCUGAUGCAAUCAAGGAGCGAGGGAUGAACAACUUGCUAGCGGAACGAAUGCAGGAAUUCCUAAAGCGACUGGUUAGAGAACAUGAAAGCACCGAUCUGGAAUGGUUAAGAGAUGUUCCCCCUGAUAAAGCAAAGGAUUAUCUAUUAAGCAUACGAGGAUUGGGCUUGAAAAGUGUGGAGUGCAUCCGGCUUUUGACACUUCACCACCUUGCUUUCCCGGUUGACACAAAUGUUGGAAGGAUAGCAGUAAGACUGGGAUGGGUCCCCCUCCAACCAUUACCCGAAUCACUGCAGUUACACCUCUUAGAACUGUACCCAAUGCUGGAGUCGAUUCAAAAGUAUUUAUGGCCAAGAUUGUGCAAACUUGAUCAACUAACCCUUUACGAGCUGCACUACCAGAUGAUUACAUUUGGAAAGGUAUUUUGUACAAAGAGUAAACCAAAUUGCAAUGCAUGUCCAAUGAGAGGAGAAUGUAGACACUUCGCAAGUGCUUUUGCAAGUGCAAGACUUGCCCUGCCAGGGCCAGAAGAGAAGAGAAUUGUCAGUUCAAAUGUUUCCAUUGAACCCGAGAUAAAUCCCACCAUAGCUGUCACUCCUAUGUCACUGCCUCCGCCUGAGAACAACUCACUCCUGAUAGCAGGUACUGUAACUAAAGAGUGUGAACCAAUAAUCGAAGAGCCAGCAACACCAGAACAAGAGUUGACAGAGCUAUCAGAAAGUGAAAUUGAGGACUUCUUCUAUGAAGAUACUGAUGAGAUUCCUACCAUCAAACUCAACAUGAAAGAGUUCACAUCGACAUUUCAAAACUAUAUGCAAGAGAAGAAGCUCCAAGAAGGUGACAUGUCCAAAGCCUUAGUUGCCUUGAAUCCAGAAGCUACUUCUAUCCCUACGCCCAAGCUGAAGAAUGUCAGUAGACUACGAACGGAGCACCAAGUGUAUGAACUACCUGAUUCGCAUCCACUCUUGGAAGGGAUGGAUAGACGGGAACCAGAUGAUCCAAGCCCAUACCUUCUAGCUAUAUGGACACCAGGGGAGACUGCAAAUUCAAUUCAACAACCAGAAAGCAGGUGUUGCUCCCAAGAUCAAAACAAAUUGUGCAAUGAGAAGACAUGCUUUUCAUGCAAUAGUAUAAGAGAAGAAAAUUUGCAAACCGUCAGAGGGACGAUUUUGAUACCUUGUAGAACAGCAAUGAGAGGGAGCUUCCCCCUCAAUGGCACAUACUUUCAAGUUAACGAGAUGUUCGCAGAUCAUGAAUCUAGUCAUAACCCAAUUGAUGUUCCAAGGGGGUGGAUAUGGAAUUUGCCAAGACGGACCGUAUACUUUGGAACUUCGGUAUCAACAAUUUUCAAAGGUCUAUCAACAGAGGGAAUUCAAUACUGCUUUUGGAGAGGAUAUGUUUGUGUGAGGGGAUUUGAAAAGAAAACAAGAGCACCACGGCCCUUAAUGACCAGAUUGCACUUCCCAGCGCGUAAGAUGACCAAGACAAAAAAUGAAGAGAAGAAAUAAAACUGACCAUGAUGGCACAGAGAAGAUUAUUCAUCAGAUAUACAGAAGACUACUGACUGUGUGAGAAGAACAAUGACUAACAAAUUCUAGCACAUUUAAUUAUUCUUCCUCUACCAUGAGAUGCACACAUUGUACGAUGGGCGGGCAGUGGAAAGCCAGCACCAUUCAGGAAAUGUGAGGUCUCGUGACGAGUUGAUUAUAUUCUGUACAGAAUAGUUUAAUAAAUUCCGAGAAAGGAGUAAUCCA